AUGGAGACUGAAUACAAGACCAGGACACGAUCACUUAUCGACGAUGUCGUUGAAGCUUCCGAGGUGCCUGCAAAGAGGCGCGUCGUCGACGUCAAGGCAAAGGUGACAGAGUUGGCUUCUGUCGCGUACAGCCAGGGCGUGCUUCCGGACGAACUACUCGAUCUCAUCAACUUGAUCGUCUCGCCCACUCACCUGGACCAGGGCAGCCUAAACUCCAUCAUCAAAAACCUAUACCCCGCCGGCAAGGUAUCUGAAGAUGUCGUCCUCAAGAUAAUCGGCUGCCUCGGUCUCGGCGAGAUCAGGCCGUCUCUCACCCUCCAGAGUGCCCUCCUGAACUGGGUCAUCCAAGUGUAUCAUGUCCUUGAAACCAAGGCGCAGGCAUUGCUAUCCAGGGCAUACAGCGUCUUGUUCAAUCUCUUGGACGUCUCUGCCACCAGGCCUCAGAUAUUCCAUAUCCUGGCAAUCAUCACAAGGCGCAAACAUGUUCAGCAUUUCCGAAUACAGGCUCUGCUGAACCUGUCGAGGCAGGCUGGUAACGACCGCCAUUUGCAGGGCUUGCUCCGCGUCUACAGGAACUACUACCCUGAGAUCAUCGUCGGAAAUACCGGCAAGGGGAGCGCUUUUAAACUGCCUGACGCAGAGUGGCGGGAGAGGCUGUCCGUGAUCCAGAAAAUGCAUCGCGAGCAACAGCAGAGCAGUCUCCAAGGUCCCAGGGACGGGUUCAAGACCAACCAACAGCUCUUUGCCGGGUCAAAGGCCGCCGGGCCAGGUGGCCUUCCACCUGUACAGACAUCCAAUGCGCAUGAGAAGUCAGUCACGCUAGAGGAGAUUGACAGUGCAGAAAGUCUGGCCGCGAAUCUUGAGAAGGUCGAGCUGCCAGACCACCUCGUUGCUGUUCUGGUUGAUCCGCUCCUCCAGAAGUUCAUGAUGCUCAGGCCGGACCUGGACCUCAAGAGAGCAUCAGCUUGGAUGAAUGUGCAACUCGCCGAGAUACUGAGCGGCGAGGCGGACGAUCGGACCAUUGAAGAGACGCUCAGGAUCAUUCUUGAAUAUGCUCGGACUACAAAGGAUAUAUCGCCGUUCUUCACUGGCCUCAUGAAGCUGGUAGAAUUGCGCCUUCAUCUGAAAGCUAGUACUCGGAUACACGAUGUUCUCGCCUACGCGCCCCUGAUGGAACCCGAAGAUUUCUCCGUCAUGACGUCCACGCUACAGACAGCAGUACUGGACGGGUCUGCUUCGUCACAACUGGACCUCCUAGAACUAUACACCAACCUGCUCCGCCGCUGGAACGUCAUCCUCCUGGCCAACGAAACCAACAUCCCCAAACACGCAUCCGAGUCCGUAGCUCGGCUCGUCUCGCACGCAAACCAGCUCGGCUUGACUGUCCUGCAGACCUCGCCCACGGAGCACACGGCCCUCAGGGUCCUCGACUUCUACGAGCGCGCCGCGCACCUCUACUCCAACGGCACGCUCCUGCGGUCCCUGCAGAUCACCAUCCCGCCGGUGCCGCUCGUGUACACGCUGCAGUUCACGACGUCGCUCGCGGCGGCGUCGCGGCUCUGCGCCGUGCUGGCCGCGUACAAGCAGGCGUUCGCGGCGUACAUGGCCAACGCGGCCAAGGCGCUGGGCCCGCAGUACGACAAGGCCCAGGUCAACACCUUCAACGGGUUCCUGAUGGACAUCUGCAACUGCCUGUGGCGGGGCAAGGCCUUCGCGACGCGCGACGCCCACGCCAAGGGUUGCGCCGUGUCCGCCGCGCCCGCCGCCGCCCUGACCGCCUACGUGGCCGGGCUCUCCGCCGCCUCCGGCGCCGGCGACAUGGCCCUCGGCUCGCUAUUCACCAUGAGUUACAGCCCGCUGCUGUGCCUGCAGGCCGCGGCGCACGUUCGCCGGCUCGAGGAGAAGGAGGACGAGGACGUCGUGCUGCGCGCGCGCCACGCCGGCCCCGUGACGGCCAGGAGCCUGGGCCAGCUUGCGCGCAGGGGCGGGCUCGAGCUCGCGUGGCAGGACUACCGGCUGGGCGUGCUGAGGUACCUGGAGGAGAAUGGGUUCGGGGGGGUUUCCGAGCUCAUGUACAGUACGAUGCGGAAUUUGCUGGAUGCGAAGGCUAAGGCUUGA